UAUAGAGCUUCCGUCAACAAAAUGGUAAUCAAUAUAAAUUAACAAAUCAAUAGUUAUGAAAAAUGAAUGUAUGAGGGUCUACUCCUUAAAACUCUGCGUAUUAUACCUGCUUAAUCCUCUCAAUCCGAUCCUUCUGGACACCCAGACAACCUUCUAAAUUAGCAAUUGUUCAUAAAGUUGAAACAGGAGCUUCAGCAGCGAUGGCUGAAUCGUUAGGAAUCUUUCAACCUCCGAGAUAGCAACCAUUAUGGGUGACAGCUUCACUAGCACCCCGAGUUCUACUUCCUACACCAAUAGUCCCCUUGAAUUUACUAGAGCACAUGGCCAAAAUCAGCACCGGAAAAUAUGCUCAACUGAAACAAUGUGGAGAGGCUUUUGUGAUAUUUGUACAAUACCUUGUUUUGCUUCCAAUUUCCUAUUCCCUUGUUCAUGGGGUAUUAAGACGAGAAACAUAUGACUGUCUUACCCAAGAAAUGCUCAACAUUCAGGCCAUCACCGCAAUCGAGUACUCGAAACGAUAAAAUCAUCUUGAAUAUGAGGUCUUAUCUUCA